AUGAAUUGUAAGCCACAAACAUUCAGUGGGACUGAAGGGGUUGUGGGGCUAAUGUGUUGGUUGGAGAAGGCAGAAUCGGUGUUUGCGAUGUGUAACUGUCUUGCUGGGGAUAGAGUGAAGUAUGCUUCAGGCACACUCGAGGAUGGUGCCUUGACUUGGUGGAAUGCCCAAGUCCAGAUGCUGGGCAUUGAGAUGUGUGGAGAUGCGGGUCAUUUCAGGCGGGAUUGCCCUCAACUGAAUCAAAAUGCUGGUAAUAGCAACAAUAACAACAUUGGGAACAACAACAACGGGAACAAUGGUGGGAACGGUGCGCGUGGGAGAGUGUUUACUAUUGGUGCUGGGGAAGCUCGCAAUGAUGGCAACGUUGUGACCGGUACGUUUUUUGUGAAUGAUCUUUUUGCUUCUAUUUUAUUCGACUCUGGUGCCGAUUGGAGUUAUGUAUCUUUGGAGUUCAGUCGUCAGUUAAGGUUGACUCCUACACCUCUUGUAAAUAAGCACGUAGUAGAAUUAGCUGAUGGUAAAUCGAUUGAAGCUUCACAUGUUCUUUUUGGCUGUAAACUUGAUCUUAUGGGCCAAGUGUUCGACAUUGACCUACUCCCCGUUACUCUUGGAAGCUUUGAUGUGGUCGUUGGUAUGGAUUGGUUAUCUAAGCACCAAGCGGAAAUUCUCUAUAAAGAGAAAAUCAUGCGUAUCCCUCUCCCCAGUGGAGAAUCCUUGUCGGUUCAAGGUCAUCGGAGUGGUGCAAUGGUUGGCAUCAUCUCAGCCAUGAAAGCCCAGAAGUGUCUACAAAAGGGCUACCCCGCUAUUUUAGCUCUUGUUACUGAUACUCAACCUGAAGAAAGGAAGAUUGAAGACCUUCCAGUUGUUCUCGAGUUUUCUGAUGUGUUUCCUGAAGAGCUUCCUAGUUUACCUCCACAUCGACAGGAGAAAAGAGCUGCUAAAGAACGACAAAAGGAAUCUGAAAGUGAUGUUCAAAAUGUUGAAAGUGGUGCUGAAAAGAUUACCGAAGUUGUGAAAGAUGAAGAAAAGGUGAAUGAAGCUGAAAAGGUGAAGCGGUUAAUGGACAUAUUUAGAGCUAAAAUUGUUGAUAUCUAA